AUGGCUAAAUUUGGGCAGCUGGUGAUGGGCCCUGCAGGGUCUGGUAAAUCCACCUACUGCAACACCGUAUAUGAACACUAUGCUGCUAUCGGAAGAACAGUUCGAGUGAUCAACCUAGAUCCAGCAGCAGAGUCGUUCGCCUAUCCCUGUGCUGUUAACAUAUGCGAUUUGGUCUCGCUGGAUGAUGUAGUGGAGGAAUGCGAGCUUGGCCCGAAUGGAGGGCUGGUGAUGGCGAUGGAAUACGUUUUAGAAGAAGGCUUGGACUGGUUGGAAGAGCAGAUCAGCCAGUUCAAUGAUGAUGAGUAUUUCAUGCUAGAUUGCCCAGGUCAAAUUGAACUCUACUCGCAUAUACCUGUUAUGAAAGAUCUAGUGGAUUUCCUCACGAACCGACUCGAUAUGAGGCUUUGUGGGAUAUACUGUCUCGAUGUAAUGUUCAUCUCGGAUACGCCUAAAUUCAUCUCUGGCGCGCUGUCGGCGCUCUCGGUGAUGAUCAAUAUCGACUUACCACACGUUAAUGUCCUCACGAAAUGCGAUCUCGUGGCGUCUUCGGAGGAUCGGUUGGAGGAGUUUCUCGAGUGUGACACGACGGACUUGUGUUUGAAGAUUCAGGAGGGCAUCAGUGAGAAGAUGAAGAACCUGACCAUUAAAAUGGCUGAACUUUUACAAGAAUAUUCGUUGGUAAGCUUCACACAAGUUGACCGAGAAGAUGAGGACAGUAUUGAGAGGUUACUUGAAAUGGUUAAUCUUGCUAUUCAAUACGGGGAAAAUCUGGAGCCUGAGGAUAAGGACUACCUGCCUGAGGAUGCAAUGGACGGCUCGGAUGAAGUUGACUUGAACGAUUUCAACCAACUUUGA